AAUUUUAGUUUCUAAUUGUUUAUUGCUUAAGAUACACACAGCUAGAUUUUCCACGCCGCCAACAAGCCAUGUCUGACGUGUUUAUUGUUUCUGCAGCCCGCACGCCCAUUGGUAGUUUUAAUGGAACGCUUUCUAAACUGAAAGCCUCCGAUCUUGGGAGUGUAGUGAUAAAAGAGGUGCUUAAAAGAUCCAAUGUAGAGGCUCAUCAGGUUAAUGAGGUCAUCAUGGGUCAGGCGCUGACAGCAGGCCAAGGCCAAAAUCCGGCACGCCAGGCAUCGCUCAAAGCUGGCCUGCCCAUUCAAGUUCCUGCGUUUAAUAUUAACAUGCUUUGCGGUUCUGGACUAAAGACUGUGACUUUGGGUUACCAGGCCAUACGUUCGGGUGAUGCCAGCAUAGUUAUCGCUGGUGGUCAAGAAAAUAUGUCGCUGGCUCCUCACACCAUUUAUCUGCGGCAGGGCGUAAAAAUGGGUCCUGGCACUAUGGUGGACUCUAUGGUUAAUGAUGGCCUCACUGAUGCCAUGGAGAAUAUACAUAUGGGGAUUACUGCUGAAAAUCUGGCAGAUAAAUUUACAAUAAGUCGGGAAGCUCAGGAUGCCUAUGCCGUGGAGUCGCAGAAGCGAGCGGAAACCGCUCAAGUUAAAGGAUAUUUUGACAAGGAGAUUGUUCCAGUUGAAAUUAAGGAUAGAAAGGGUACACAAAUAUUUAGCAAAGAUGAGUACAUCAAAACCGACUGUAGUAUUGAGAGUCUGCAAAAGUUAAGGGCUGUCUUCAAGGAGGGAGGAACCAUCACUGCAGGCAAUGCCUCUGGAGUUAAUGACUCAGCUGCAGCUGUAUUGUUAAUGUCAGGCGAGCAGGUAGCCAAGUCAGGCCAAAAACCGCUGGCCAGGAUUGUGGGCUGGUCUCAAAGUGGCAUCGAGCCAAAUGUCAUGGGUUUGGGUCCCGUUCCUGCUGUGGAAUCUUUGCUCUCGAAAAUUGGCUGGACAAAAGACCAAGUCGAUCUGUAUGAGCUAAACGAGGCAUUUGCUGCUCAGUCUCUGGCUGUAGUGCAGGGCCUUCAACUGGACGCGUCGAAGGUAAAUGUGAAUGGUGGAGCCAUUGCAUUGGGUCAUCCUAUUGGUGCCUCGGGUGCACGUGUCCUAGUUACACUGCUAUAUGCCCUUGAACGAACAGGCGGUCGUCGUGGCGUUGCCUCCCUUUGUAUUGGCGGCGGCAUGGGCAUUGCUCUAGCUGUUGAGCGCGUCAUCUAAAUUAUUUAUUCAUUGUUAUCGUAUUGUAAUGUAUGCCUAUGUGUUAAUUGUGGUCCCGGUAUCCUGUAUUUUUUAUAUGUAUGUGUGAAUUAUUAAGUCUAAAAGUUUAAAUUUAUAUUUUUCAAGUAAAUUAUUUUUCCUGUAUUCAGAUCAUA